UUGCAUUGGGGAGGAGGCAGCUGCCGGGUCAGUUCCUUCUUGCGAAGACGAGUAGACAUCUUACUCCAUCCAUGUAAGUUGCUCCGAUCCCCAGCAAAAGGAAGACGCUACCAGCAAGUUCUGCGUUCUUGUAGAGCAUUGCAUUGUUCAUCAGAGAUGGCCGAUCCGGUAGCCAGCGUGGAGACGAUCGUGAGGAUCGCACUGGCGAUCAGCGAGGCCGUCGGCAUUGCGCAGAGGAACAUCGACCAGUGCAAGGACGUCCAGACUCAGGUGAGCAUAGCCAAGGACAGCCUGCUGGUCCUGCAGAAGAAGGGGCUCAUGGAGAAGGGCUCCGCGGUGGGCCGCGCGCUGGGCAACCUGAAGAAGACGCUCAGGCGCGCCCUCGAGCGCGUCAGGGCCUGCCAGGAGGACCAGAGCUUCGUGCAGCGCGUCCUCAAGGCGGAGGACAUGUCCAACCAGCUGCGCCAGGUCAUGCAGGACGUCCUGCAGGAACUGGCCAUGGCGACCUUCGCCAUCAACGCCCACAUGGCGCCCGACGCUCAUCAUCACCAUGGCCAGCGGCAGCUUGAUCAGCUUCAGCAACGGAGGGGCAUGAGACGCCAGCACACCCGAAGCGGGGCGAGCAUGAACGUGAGCAGGGCAUCAGAUGCCCAAGACGCCUGAAGAACACCGGAGGUCAAUAACGCCUGAACAUCGACGGACCACGGAUUCUGAACAUCGGAGGACCAAGACACCUGAACAUCGACGGACAACGGAUUCUGAACAUCGGAGGACUGAGAUGCCUGAACUUCGGAGGAACAAGACACCUGAACAUCGACGGACAACGGAUUCGGAACAUCGGAGGAACAAGACACUUGAACAUCGGACGCCCAAUGCACGUCAGCAUCGCCGGCCCACGGAUCCUGAACAUCGUAGGACCAAGACGCCCGAACAUCGUCGGCCCACAUGUCCUGAACAUCGGAGGCCCAAGACACCCGAACGCCGAAGGCCCGACACACCUAAACAUCAAAGGCCCGACACACGCGAACAUCGGAAGCCCGUCACAUCUGAGCAUGGAAGGGCCGGAAUGCAUGAACAUCGGAGGCCCGAUACCCGUGAACAUCAAAGGCCCGAGACACCUGCACAUGAGAGGCCCAAAAUGAGAGUCAAACAGAGGGCCAAGACACCUGCACAUUAGGCCGGAAAUGGCCAAUAGGUGGACAAAUCUGAGUGAUUUUCUUGUUGCUUUUCAUUCACCUUUUAUUAUAUGUUGUAUCUUUCUAUUAUUUAUCAAA